AUCACUGCAACCGUGAAUAUCUCGGCGCCACCUCCAUCAAUUCCACAGUUUUGCUUCUUUCGUCGGUCCGGCAUUAGGGCUCUCUAUUGCCACUUUGAUUUCUUCAGCUUCGAAGUAUCAACGAAGAAAUGCCUAUUCUCCAAACUUCCCUUCCAAUUUCAAUCCCUCUUCGUCCGCCCUUAUUCUCCUUCUCUCAGUCUCUAACUGGUUCAAACCACCUCUCAUACCUUCCAAAUCGGAUGCCGAUCGUCACAAAGACGACAACGCUUAUUCGAAUGGGCGGAGGUCCUAGAACUUAUCCCGGUGGAGUGUCGAAGUGGCAAUGGAAGCGCAUGCAGGCCAAGAAAGCUAAGCAGCUGCUUAAGGCCCGGUUGUGCCGUGAACGCCAGAUAUACGAGAUGCGUAAGCGGGCUGAGCUUAAGGCGGCUGUAUCCGAGCUGGAGAGACCGUGGGAGGUUGUGGAGAAGGCUCCCAAUUUGUUCUCCGUUGGCGCCGAUGAACAGGUGAAGGUUUUGGCGGAUAGGUUCCAAAGACCUGGUGGGUUCGAUUUGUGGACGGAAAGAGAUGGGCCUCAAUUGUUUGAGACGGUUGACGAACUACCUUCUGCAAGGUUUUUCCCUAAAGGGGUGGUUCACAGUGUAAGGCCAUAUAGAAGUAUUACUGCGUCGGAAAGUUCGUUGAGUUUGGAUUCGGAAGUUGGAAAUGAAAUUGCAGCUAGUUUUCAGGAAGAUAAUUUUAGGACUCACCGGAGGUCUUCUAACCGGAAAUUGAGAAGUUUUUCUGUGGAUAAAGAAGAAGAUAACACAAAUUACUCAGAUUACUCGGAUACAGAGGGUUCUUAUCCGAGGCAUUCCUCUGCACCAUCAAAUAGUAAUGGUACAAAAGGAAAUAUAUACGAGGAAAGAACCAGGAAUCGAAGAACUGAAAGAAACCUGAAGCCUUCUAAGAGAGGGUUGAAUCCAGGAAAAAAUGGAUUGGAUAGAAGACAAAGAGUCCCUGGUUUUCAGGCGCACAAUGGAAAUACACAGUAUGGAAGAGGCAAGGAUAUCAGGCGAUCCAGGGGUUCACAUUCUGAAGUUUAUGAUAUGAGUUUGGAGCAAGAUGGGAGUUACAGAUUCCAGCCUAUGAAAAGUCAGUCAACCUGAACGAUAUGACCCAAGUUAAAUCUCGAGUGGAGUCAUUUUAGUAUUCCAAUCACAUUGGCUGAAGAUGAAGAUUUCAAUUUGGCUUAGUAGAAUUGCUGCAGCUGAACUGGAAUGGCCAUCCAAAUGGUGUUUUUUGGCUGAUAUCUGGUUAGCUGACUGAGUUGAUGCCUUUCUAAACUUUGGCCUCACGAAAGAAGUCAUUUUUAAGUGAUUGUGCAAUGUACCACUCAACUGCCCAGAAUCUCUGUAUAAAAAAGCAUCUGCCAGACUGCCACAACAAGGACGCACCUACACUUAACAGUCUUCUACUGUUUCACUUGACACAUGUAGAACAAACUUGCUGAAAAUUAUGGUUUAGCUCGUAUCUUUUGCUUGUGUUGUAUCUUCAACCACCCAAAGCAUGUCAUGGCCAGCCUUUCUCAAAGUACGUCGACACUGUCACAUGAGCGUGAAGGCUUUUCAGAUUUGGAGCCAGUAGUCAAGUUUGCCUCUCCUUAGCAGUUUUUCUUGAGGUCACCCACACCACGUGGCAGGGUCAGCAUCCAUGAAGUGGAGGAGAUGGGACAGACCUUUAAAUUUAACAUUAAUAUCUCCAACAGGUGGUUCAAAAACUGAGUACAAGUCUGGUCUCGUGGAAAAAAGGUUACUUUUCUGAUUCAGGAGACGUACUUUGAUUCUGUCAAUUUUGAGUAGUGUUCUCAUUACGUCUUUUCGAACCCUAGUAAGAUUUGUAAUGACAUCGAAAAAUUUGUGUGGAACUCCCUUUGGGUAGGGGCGGUGGAAGGAAGAUAUGGUUCACACUUGGUUAGGUGGGAUAUAGUUGGGAGCUCGGUGAUCCAAGGGAUUAGAAAUUGGCAACUUAAGGACUCGCGACAAAACCCUAUUAGGUAAAUGACUUCGGCAUUUUCCUCUCGAUUCUAAUGUCCUUCAACACAAGGUUAUUGUUAGCAAGUAUGAGCCUCAUCCCUUUGAGUGGUUAUUAGGUGGGGUUAAAGGCACCCACUAGGGCUUGUGGAAGGAUAUUUCUAACGAGCUCCCCUUUUUCUCCCAUUUUGUUCAUUAGGUGGUAGGGGAGGGUAAAGAGACAUUUUUGGAAAGACCAGUGGUUCGGGGAUUAACCUCUUUUCUCUGCAUUUAUCUUUCUUUCAAAACCAUCUAUUUUGAUUUGGUUAGGGAGCUCGAUUUUCCUACCCUUAUCCUUUAGGUUUUGGUUGCUCUGAUUGGUAGAGAAGCGAAAAAUGUCUUCUCUUUGAUGUUGUUGGGGAGUUUAACUUUAGGCAUGAAAGAAAGGAUUUGCAUGUCUAGAAUCCCAACCCUCUAGAGGAUUAAGAUUCAUUUUUUUGUUUUCUACUGGAUCUUUCUCCUUCUAGCGAGUGUCUAUUCAGUCCUUUAGAGGAUUAAACUUCAUGAGAAGGUGAUGUUCGUUACUUGGCAUAUUCUACAUAGAUGUGUGAACACUUUGGAUAAACUCUCGAGGAGGUUGUCGUCAUUAUUGGGCCUAUUUUGUUGCAUUCUUUGUUAGAAGGUGGAGGAUGUUCUGGAUCAAAUCCUUUGGAGGGAAGGAAUUGCUUUGACUGGACAAUCGUUGCUCAGGUACCAUUAUUUUUAAACAAUUUCCUACUGUGUGGGAUGGUCUUGCUCUGUUAAAAUUUAUUCAGUUGCUUUAUAUUUAUUGAUAAGGCUAAAGCGACAGUCCUUUUCGUUAGUUUACUUUAGGCCCUUGGUUCAUUUAAUGUUGAUGCUUUGUUUUUCUUGUCUACUUGGCCGAAGAGAUGUAUUCAACUGGCUUUAAAAAUUGUUGUUUCUCCUUAAUUGGGCCAAUAACAUCAAGUCAUAAUGCCUUUGUUUAGUUUUGUAAGCAGAGUCAACCACCAUAAUUAAUCCCUUAAGUCUUCUGGUUUCCACAUCUUUUACGUAUGUGUAUUUUGCAUGGUGGGGUCUUGUGCAUCUCUUUUUAAGCCACUCGAAUAUAUCUUAGUGGAUUUUAGGUUCUGUCACAAACUGGCACUAGUUCUACAAUUAUAAUAGUGCUAUUGUUAGAUAAGAAUUUUGCAUGUUGCAAAAUAGUUUUUGUCAUUAGCUCUUGACAAGAAGUUGACUUCUGGAUAGGUGGGCGGCUAUUUCAAUCUUCUUGCAUGUUCGCAACCUUAUAGAUUUCUUCUUUUCUGCUCCCCUUUAAAAACUUGUCGUAAGAACGUGCCCAUCUUACCAAUAGAAGAGAAAACUUCCCUUUUUAGAGAAUGGCAUUAGAGUUAAAAUUAGUCAUGUCAAAUAAAACUUAUUUCAGUUAUUUCCAGAAGAAGAUAGGUAGAAAAUAAAAGGAAAACCGUAAAAAAUAAUCCCUUGGAGUUUCCAUAUCUUAGAAAUAGCAUGUUUUUUCCGAACUCAUUAAAAGAGUUUUUCAUUGGGCAUCUUGACCAAGAUCGAGUUAAGAACGUGAGCGCUGUGUGACGUGUCUAGAUUUGUUAAUAAAAUGUUAAUUUUACCGUUAUGCCCUCUUUCAUUAUAUUAUCUUCUUAUUAUUAAAUCCUUGUUUUAGAAACCCCCAAGUUGACUCUACUAGUUUGGGUCUUAAGAGUUCCCUCUCUCACAUCUUGGAGUUUCUCUUUUCCAGCAAAAUCUCAAAAACAAGGGAGAUCUUCUCUUUAUUAAAUAUGUUUGGUUUCUAACAUGCAUGCUGUUGGAAAAAACAGUUGUUUGCCGAGUUGUUUACAUAAUCUCAGUCCAAGAACAACAAUCUUCCCUGAGAUUAUUCGUAGUGCCUAGAUUGCCCCAAAGGGUUAAAUCUUCGACGAGAUAUCAACAUUUUUUUUAAUUAAGAUUCACUAUUCUCCUGGAUAUCUUGACAAAUAUUAGUAGCUUUUUGUAUAUCAAAUUUUUUCUUUUUUUCCUUUUCCAAGAUGUCUAUUAUAUCUGUUUGUUUUGAUGACGAAUGGAAGGAGAUUGAGAAAAAAACUGUAUGGAAACAAUUGAAAGGUUUGUUUGUAGAAGUCGGAAUAAGUUAUGGGGGAUUUUUAUGCCAAAUAUGUAAAAUGAGUGGGAUGAGUUUGUUGAGUUAGAAUUGGUUAAAAAGAUACUUGCAUAAUGUCAGGCCAAAUUUCUCUGUUUUUGUCAUUAGUAAUCAAGUCCAUUUUUUCUUAACUAGUGACGAUGUGUCUCAGAUAGCUCUGUUGGUGUGUAAGUUACCGUUAGUAGUGCAUAAGACUAGCAGUUCAAUAGUGCCAUUUCUAGUUCCGAUGCCCAUGAUGUACCAUCAUUUUCCUCCCACGUUAAUUAGGAACCAUCGUUAGAAACCAAGGUAUUGUAAGGAACCUCAUUAUUAGGAACCAAGGUACUCUGAGUUAACUUUGUCCUACAUUAGUUAGAAUGGGAUGGUCAAUGUGCUACUUAUGUGGCUUGACUCUCUCACCUCAAUAGUUGGCUUUUGGGAUAUAAUUCUUUGAGGUGCUUAAGUACCAAACAGAUUAUCUAAUAAAUCUUCAAGGGUUUUGACAGGUGCUUCAAGUUACCCAAAAGGACAAUUCCCUAUUUCAAAAGUCAUGUUAAACCUACUCCCAAUUGGUUAGGGUCUAUCAUGAUCUAUCUAAUGAUAUAGUGCAAAUCUACUUAUAAUUUAUUGGUUUAAAGAUAAUUUGAAAAGAUUUAAAGCAGUAAACUCCCUUUUAAUUGACAAAGAUAGAUUGUCCAGCUACCAUUUUAAUCACUUCACUCCAUUAAUGGAUUACUCUGUUUCUUUACAGCAUCAGCCUCUAGAAGGUUGAGAACCAAAAUAGAGAUUCUUUACCUUUCAUUCAUGUUUAAAGCGCCAGCACUCAAAGACCAAUCCACAUUCAACAGAGACCCCAAUCAAGUUAAGUCAUUGUUUUGGCAACUGACCAAUCUUCUAUCAAUUACUUGGGAUCUCCAUCUCUUGCUCUCGUUUGGCUAAGGCAAAAAUCAUGAUAGUUUUGAACCUUUUAUUUUGAAGGCUCAUCUUCAACUCUGAGAAUGAUUUGGAUCCAAAAGUUUUAUUCUCUUUGCGGUGAUACAACAGGUCUAGGUAUUAGACCAAAUCGGUGGUCAAAUAGAGAAAUUCUUCCUUUAAGUUAAGAGAGUAUCCUCCAGGAACUCCAGUUCUAAUUCAAAUGGAUAUUCAAAGUUUUCCCUAAAUUGGUUAUUUAUAGCCUUACAAUAAAUAACACAAUUAACUAAUUCAUUCUAAUCUAAAUUAAGAACUAAACUAAAUAUUUAAGUAGCACUUUUAUGGAUAAUAAUUAAAUGCAUAAAAACACUUUUAAAGAAUUUCAAAUAUAUCAAAAUUUAUCGGUAAUAAAUUCUAUCACUAAUAAAUUUCAACCAAAAAUAUGGUUUAGUAACCAUACUAGCGAUAUCUCUAUCACCGAUAAACUUUGAAGGUAGAAUCUACAAUUUGCCAUAUAGGCAAAUAUUUUAAGUCUGAUUGUUAUAUUUGCAACUACACUUAAAUAUUAACCAAAACAUAGUAAAUAUCUUAUGUUCUCUUCGAUCAUGUGGUUAGGGCAAUUUGUUAUUCUAAGUUUGGAAUGUAGAAGAAGGGCACGGAGGUGGAUUAAUAUUUUGCUAUCAGCUUAAGAAAAUAUUUCUAGUCUUUGAACUUUAAUAUGUAACUGCCCGACUUAACAAAUUUGGAAGUAUAAAGACUGAAGGGUUAUUUUUCGAUGUGCUUAGGAUAGGAUUUGUCUCCUCCACUUUGAGGGGAAGAAUUGCAAAUCUUAUUGAUAACUGAGGGGACAGCACAGGCACACGCCACCUUGUAUUAGAUGAUAUGAUAUGGCCGAAAUAUGAACAUCUCACCUUCUUUAUCUCUUGAGAGAUGAUUCUGAGUCAGCUACCAAUACAUUAACAUUGUCGGUCUCUUGUGGUGUUAAUCCAAACAACGCCCUUUUUGGGGGAUAACUACUGGCCAUACGUUGAUGUUAUUUUGUUGUAGUGGUUGUUUGUUUUUGGUUUAAUAUAUAUAGAUUUUUUUUUUAUGGAUAAGGAACACCAAUUUAGGUGUACAAAAUGGAACCGAAUCUGCAGUUUCAAUCAUACCAGGUGGAGCUAAAAGGGACUUUCUUUUUCCUUUGCGAUGUCUCACGAUUAUGGAUUUUUUUGUUUCUUUAUAUCUUGUUAGAUUUGGUCGUUCUCACAGUUAUUUGGACAUGAUCACAUAGCAAUUGAUUUAUACGUCGAUUUGAGUAUAGUUUGAUGAAUGAGAGAUUUGAAUAAUGGAUCUCAUGGUUUCCAAUGAGCACUAUUGUCAAUGUUAGUUGAGCAAAAUUCUUGUUGGCGUA